UCAUAUGUACUAACUACAUCUGAAAUGAAAUUAAGUUUAGUGAAGGGGAUGCUAGAUUCCUGAUUCAGUAAUGUAUAUAUGGGACAUUUUCACGAAGCUAACUUUCUGAAUUACGGCCAAGUUCCCUAGGUUGAGGUGCUUUGCUUGAUUGCAGUGAUAUUGGAAACUUUGAAGCAUGGCGGACAAGGCAGGGAGGGCGCUAGUGAUAUACGGGGAUGGCAUAAUGGGGGCUCUGGGUCCAUGUCACCAGCAUCUGCAUGCACUGGCCUCUCUUGGCACCUGUGGCUUCCUCGCUCUCCGAGAUGCUCCUCGUGAAUUGAAAGAAGAAGAGAGAGUGGUCAGAGAGCUAUCACAACUGUUAGAUGUACAUGAUUUAUGUAAUAAAGAAAAAGAAUUUGAAGACUCUUCUAAUACCCUUGGACAUUCUAGUGGAUAUUGUAGCAAACAUACAAACAUUCCUACAAUUGCAGAGAGGUUCAUGGGAAUGAAAGCUGCAAUGGUAACAAAUUCUGGCACUGCCAACGCAUUUGGCAAAAGAGUAGGUUUUUCUGUCACAGCCUUACAUGAACUCUGCAACAAAACUGGUAUUUCAGAAGAGCCAGAAGUGCCUCCAGAUCCCCUUUCAGCAGCAUCGAAACUGUUGAGUAUGUUGGGGUUACAAGAAAAAACAGUAGAAGAAAAUAGUGAGUUUGACCUUGUUUUUCUACAUAUGGGACCUACCCUGAAUUCAAGUGAGGUUGAAAGUAGCCAUAAUAAUGCAUCUCUUGCCAAUACACUUGAAUGGAUCAAUGCAUUGGCUGGGAAAAUAAUGGAAAUUAUCCAUCCUGGCUCUGCAGCUGCCAGUCGCCUAUACCUUGCUUUGGUAUUGAGCUAUGGAUCAAUUUCUUCCGACAAGAGUGACGAUUCUUCACUUCUCAUUUCCUUGGAAGAAAUAAGCCCGAGCUUGGCAUCACUUUUACCAUGUCAAAGCUACACCAUGAAGGAAGGAAAACUGUUGAAUGACGUCAGGCACCAUCAUCCUAUGUUAGCUGUACAACAUCAAGAAGCUGUCACCCGCCGUGAUGGGGCAAAAAUAUUUUCUUUUGAAGAAUUCCAAGAGCAAGGAGGCAAUCGAGCUAUACUUGCAGAUCGUUUCCUGUAUGAGAUUGCAUUUAAGCUUUGGAAAACCCCUAAAUAUGGAGCAUGACAAUGAUUAUCAACAAUUUGAAGACACUUUUUGUUUACUUGAACUAAUCGCUUUAAGUUCUUUUUUUAUUUGGAGAGUUGAGCAUCUCUUCGAAAAUCAUUUAGAGGGUAUGUAAUCGGGCACAUAAGUUUCAGAUAAGUUUUGAGGAGGUACUGUUAAUUCGUGUGAGAAGCCAAAAUUUUAACAUGCUCAGGCAGGAGUUAUGUCUACAUAAAUAAAGAUUUCUUGUAUGUUUGGCAGGAGGUCAGUCCUGUAGCUGUAGGCCAUUGAAGUGUUCGCAUGCCUAGCUUCACUUUUGUCAGGUCCUCUGUUCUGCGGUAUCAAACCUUAUUGAAACUAUUUUACCGACUGCCUCAUUGGAAUUGUUUCUCAGAGAUAUCUUGCAGAUAUAAAAAAAUAAAAUUGGCAAUCUCUUAUGCCAGGUGGCCCAGACUUGGAUGUUAGUAUGUAUCAGAAUCCUAGCACACUGUAUAUUUUGCCAGAAUGCUAAACUUGAAACAAGCAGUAAAAUGAGUAAUAUACAGAUAUUUUGACGACUUUCUUUAUGAAAA